ACACCAAACAGGAAGAAGAAGAACUGUUCUUUUUUCCAUCUCACAGAUAACACAAACUGCACGGGGCUGCAAGCACUCAUAAUCGACAUUUUCUGCCUUUUUCCUUCCCAAUUAAUAGGAGGGAUCUGUGGUCAGCUCAAACAUGUCGCACACAAUUUUACUUGUCCAACCAACCAAGAGACCUGAGGGCCGAACAUAUGCUGACUACGAGUCAGUGAACGAAUGUAUGGAAGGUGUUUGCAAAAUGUACGAGGAGCAUCUUAAGAGGAUGAAUCCAAACAGUCCUUCGAUCACCUAUGACAUCAGUCAGUUAUUUGACUUUAUUGAUGACCUGGCAGAUCUAAGUUGUCUUGUAUACAGAGCUGACACACAGACGUACCAACCAUAUAACAAAGACUGGAUCAAGGAGAAGAUAUAUGUCCUGUUGCGGCGUCAAGCUCAGCAGGCAUCAAAGUAAAGGAGGCAUCAUUGAGGAGUUAUUCCGCCACACACUAAGAAGUUCGAGGUGCAUGACAUUUCCACAACAUCUUGAAGAUCUGUGCACGAGGACAUGUCCGUUUGACAAAGGAAGGGUUCAUAUUCAUUGUACUUUGGGA